AUGGUGUCCGACAAUAUCGCUAUACCAUCACUAUAUGUGAUCAAGGGUAUUAUUAUAUUGGAUAACGAUGGUAAUCGACUUAUAGCUAAAUAUUAUAAUAAUUCAUUUGCAACUGUAAAAGAACAAAAAGACUUUGAAAAAUCUUUAUUUAAUAAAACACAUAAAGGUUCAGGAGAUGUUAUUCUUCUUGAUAAUUGGACAAUUGUCUAUCGAAAUAAUGUUGAUCUACUUUUCUAUGUUAUGGGUAGUACAAAUGAAAAUGAAUUAAUGUUAAAUUCUGUAUUAACAUGUUUAUUUGAAUCAUUAAGUACAAUGUUACGAAAAAAUGUUGAAAAACGACAUCUUUAUGAUAAUCUUGAUUUAGUUAUGCUUACACUUGAUGAAAUUUGUGAUGAUGGAAUUAUUCUUGAAACUGAUCCAAUAUUAAUUACACAACGUGUUCAAUUACGUCAAGAUGAUAUUCCAUUAGGUGAACAAACUGUUUCUCAAGUACUUAGCCAUGCGAAAGAGCAAAUCAAAUGGUCAAUACUUAAAUAG